GUCAUGGCUACCAACUCGAUUAAGCUCCUGACUGGCAGCAGCCAUCCUCAGCUGGCUGAGCUGGUCGCUAGCCGGACUGACACAAUGCGUGCAACAGUCNUGGGAAUUGAGCUGGCCAAGAUCAUGGUCCUCCAGUACUCCAACAAUGAGUCCAGCAUCAGCAUCGGCGAGUCUGUCCGUGACGAGGAUGGUAUGACACAAUCAAGACGCCGAACGCGCAACGAGAGGAAGAUGCACAAGACUGACUGCUGUCCCCAGNUCUUUGUGCUGCAGUCCACUGCCCCUGGCGACAUCAACGACGGUGUCAUGGAGCUGCUCAUCAUGAUCAAUGCUUGCAAGACCGCCUCUGCCCGCCGCAUCACCGCCGUCCUCCCCAACUUCCCCUACGCUCGCCAGGACAAGAAGGAUAAAUCGCGCGCCCCCAUCACUGCUCGUUUGAUGGCUAACAUGCUUCAAACCGCUGGCUGCAACCACGUCAUCACCAUGGAUCUCCACGCCUCGCAGAUCCAGGGCUUCUUCAACGUCCCCGUCGACAACCUCUACGCUGAGCCCAGCACCCUCCGCUGGAUCCGCGACAACCUCAGGGUCCAGGACUGUGUCAUUGUCUCUCCCGACGCUGGCGGUGCCAAGAGAGCCACUUCGAUCGCCGACGGCCUCGACCUCGGCUUUGCCCUCAUUCACAAGGAGCGCGCUCGUCCCAACGAGGUCUCUCGCAUGGUUCUGGUCGGUGAUGUUCGCGGCAAGGUCGCCAUCAUCGUCGACGACAUGGCCGACACUUGCGGUACUCUCUGCAAGGCCGCCGAAGUUGUCAUCGAGCACGGUGCCAGCAGCGCCAUUGCCAUCGUCACCCACGGCAUCCUCUCUGGCAACGCUAUUGAACAGCUUAACAAGUCCAAGUUGACCAAGCUCGUUGUUACCAACACCGUUCCUCAUGAGGAGAAGAAGGCUCUGUGCGACCGUAUCGAGACCAUUGACAUCUCGCCUACGCUCGCCGAAGCCUGCCGUCGUACUCACAACGGCGAGUCUGUCUCGUUCCUCUUCAAGCACGCUCCCGUCGACUAG